UAUAAAUAAUGUAUCACUACUUAGUGAUUGCAGGAGGAAUGAUUCUUGGUUUAAUAGUAUUGGCUUUGCUGAAUAAAAAUGAAUCUCAAAAAAAAAAACUAAAGGUUGAAGAUGAAGAUGAAAAAAGUUAAUUGAAAGAAUAAAUUCCUUAAAAAAGAGUUGAAUAAAAUAAUUUUGAUAUUAAAGAGUAAAGUGAAGAUGUGGAAGCUUUGAGGUAAAGGAAAAUAGAGGCAAACGAAAGAAAGAAUUAGAUAUUUAAGAAUCUUUCAUAGGAAGAUAGAGAAUUAGUUGAAGAGUAUUUUAAGAAAUAAGCAAAACAAUAUUUAUCUGGAGAGAUUGAUCCUGCUGAUAGAAGAGCAGCUAAAUUAAUUAAAAUUAUCAAAUUCUCUCUAUACGGCUUAUUUGGAUUGGCUGUGUACAUUUGUUUAACCAUAGCUUUUAAUACAACUUCCCCUUUUAUGAUUCUUGAAAACAUAAAACAUUUAAUUAGAACAUUUUUAUCGCAAUUAUUUGGAAAACAUUGA